GGCACCGUUCCACAUCAAUCUCGAGGAGAACAGAUUUGUGGAUACGGAACGCGAGAACAAAGGAAUAACUGACGAACCAGAUGCACUCAUCGGACGGAAAGGGCCCUGUGAAGCUUUCGCAGUUCCACCGACCUCCUUUCGACCUGAACAAGGCUUCCAUCCCUCAACUCACGCCGGAAUCACGAACAUGUAUACAGAACCUGGCCGCGUACCGAGCUCCGAAGUCGCGCAUCAGGUAUCCGAAAUCGAGGAGCGCGGCCGUGUUGGUGGCGCUUUUCAUCGGGAGGAUGGGCGACAUAUACGUCCUUCUAAGUAGACGGGCGUCACACUUACGAACAUACGCCGGGGACACCGCGCUACCUGGUGGCAAGUGGGAGCCUCGAGACAAGAGUCAUGAAGCGACAGCGAGACGAGAGGCGUUUGAGGAGAUUGGCCUGCCUUUAGACUAUACCAAGGUACCAUUGUUAUGCGUCCUCGAGCCCUUCCUCGCGGGAAACAGGCUUAUCGUUACGCCAGUCGUCGUAUUAAUUCUGGAUAACACGCUACGCCCGAUAUUGAAUCAGGCCGAGGUCGCCUCGCUGUUCUCUCAUCCGCUCAAGAGCUUUCUACAUUCAGACCCGCCCUUUGCAACCGAGCCGGAGAUGCUCGAAAUGAAGUACCACACCUACAUCGACUACAACUCGAAUACGAUGCCGGGUAAAGUCCGCAUGCACACCUUCCUCACCGGCAGGGAGGCCGGCGGGACGAAGCCGGUAUUUGGCUUGACAGCGGCGAUUCUCAUCCACGCAGCUUCGAUCGGCUAUGGACAAGAGCCUGACUUCAAGCCCUUCGCGCCGGAUCAGCCCACGAUGGAGCAGCGGAUCGCAUACGCGCUCCGUCAUGACCCCAUCUUCCGAGAAGCCGAGGUUGCGGAGGGUAUCGACCCAGACAAGACCCCGAAGCCGGCUAGCCUGGCAGACCCUUCGCGGCGUCGAGCGGAUGUGAAGCGCAGUGGGAGACGGCGGGGUGGGCGGCGAGCGUUCCGUGCAAAGCUAUGA